AUGAACCACACCGAUCCAUCACCCGGGCCUCCGACCAAACACCCCCUUCCCAUCAUCAUUACAAAGACCGCAUCAGAGACCAGACAUCAGAGACCAGCACAGAGACCAGCAGCAGAGUCCAGCACCAGAGAACCGAGCACCCGGAGACCAGCACCAGAGGCCCAGCACCAGAGACAGCACCCGAGACCAGCAUCAGAGACCAUACUGAUCCCACAUGACCUGAUCUACAGACCGACCCCACAGACCCUGAACCCUACAGACCCUGACUGCCCCCUGACCCCACAGGACCUGGACCCACAGACCCUGACCCACAGGACCCUGACCCCACAGACCCCUGACCCACAGACCCUGGACCCUACAGCACCCUGA